UUCUCAGGAACCAACCGGCCGCAAACGGUGCAAGAAGCGCCACGGGGCGAGGUGUUGUGCUGAGAUACACCGUCCCGAAGUUAACGUCAGAUUGUCGCAGUCAUCCCGUUGACGGCAGGUCUACAAGUCAGUGAUCCACCCGCCUGAGGACGAAGACGCUCCAGGCUGUGCCAAGACGCUCUGUGCUGUGCUAAGGAGGUGCUGUGAGCAGGACGUGACGUGCGGAAGAAGUGACGUGUCAUCAGCGGACGUUUCUGCCCUCCCUAUAGGACGGCGUGACGGCGGGACAGGGGACCAGUCACGCGAACGUGUUCCUCUGACACCUGAAUGAACCGCAGUGCCGGCGGUGGCCGGGAAACCUCAGAAUCUGUGGCUGUAGCGAUGUGGCGCCGGUGGCUACUGCGUGUGCUGAUCUGCGGGAUCCUAAACUUGGUGCAGACGCGAGAAGGUUCAGCUCGGCUUCAGGUGGACGGUCGACUACCGAACUACGCCUUCUCAUGGGGCUCAAUAGAUGGCGCUGGGAACGGCUACGGCCAGAGCGAACACAGGGAAGGAGACGUCAUCCGCGGGUCGUACCGGGUAACCCUGCCCAACGGUAAAACGCAGGUGGUGGAAUACUCGGUGAACGACCAGUCCGGGUACGUGGCCGACGUGAGAUAUGUGGACGGAGCGGUGGACGCCACCGGGACACGUGGGGGUGGACCUGACGUCAGGCAGCCCAAGCAUGAAGAUCGAAGAGUUGCCAGACCUGAUGCCUCUGGCGAGACCAGCAGACCGGAUGCCUCAGGAUAUCCUCUGACAAGACCAGCAUAUGCUCCCGCCUCCCCAGGCAACUCAGCAAGGUAUCAAAACUUCCCAAAACAAGCACAGCCCUUCCCGCCGAGAAGACCGCCUGAGAACCAGCGGUUUUCGCCGCAGGCACAAGCAGAGCCCCAUCUCAGAUAUAGGUCGUCUUAUCGACCUGCAGGAUUCCAGCAUCCAGCACCAAUGGAGGCACCCUAUUUUGUGCCAAAAUUUCCUCUACAGAAAUCCCACUUCAAUCUCUAUUCACCGAAAGAAGAACCACACCGAACGACUCAACCAGCGAGCACUUUUCUUACCAUAACUGAAAAACCGCUGAGACAGUAUCCGUCAGUAUCACCCAUAACAUCUCCCUUCUCGCAACGGCCCCAACAAUUCCACCUUGAAGAGGAUCGGCCGUCCCCUCCGCCUCAGCAGUAUCGGUACGGUGAGCGUUUUAGGUCAAAUCCUAGCGAGGGCACAGGACACAGGCUCGUUGAGGUCGGUAUCAAUAGCCGAGGCCCUUACAUCAACAUCAGAGGCCAGCCGAAACCCGCAGUCGAAGAGCGUUUUCCACAGGUGGAAAAACCACCCCUGGCCACCUCCCGGAGACCGAUGGAUGUUAGUCAGAUCGUGGCUCCACUUUCCAGCCUGUUCGGUAAGAGACUGGGCAGACUGCACGGUGAGGAGUCCACGGGAAUAGCACCAGAAGUGGAUCGACGUCGACUGGAAAUGCUGAGGAUUGUCAGAAGACGAGGAAAGGUGAUGGCGCAAAGAAUGGACCGUCUGGGGCGAAAGGAUCGAAGUAAGAAGCAGAUGAGCAAAGGGAAAAACCAGAGUCGGCGAUUCCAGCGCUCGUAA